AUGGCGUCUCGCGGCCUCGUGAUGUCCGCGCCACUGCGCCGGAUAUCGGCGAAGGCAAGGGAUGCCGCUCCCGUCGCCCGGCAGUCUCUUCCGGCGGCCAUUGGCGUCCGCUACAGCUCCCACAGCAGCUCGACCUCUGCCAUUGCCUACAAGGCCAUCCGCCGCCGCCAUGCGCCUCUCCCCGCUGCCGACGCUCCUCCUGCCUGGUCGUCCGCCCAGGCCGCCGUUUCCAACAUCCUCUACGAGACGCCCUCCCCCUCGCUCGCCCCUCCCAAGCGUCACAUCCUGAACUGCUUGGUCCAGAACGAGCCUGGUGUGCUGUCGCGCGUCUCGGGUAUCUUGGCUGCCAGAGGCUUCAACAUCGACUCGCUCGUUGUUUGCAACACCGAGGUUGAUGAUCUCUCCCGCAUGACCAUUGUCCUGACCGGUCAGGACGGUGUUGUUGAGCAGGCGCGCAGGCAGUUGGAGGACUUGGUCCCCGUCUGGGCCGUUCUCGACUACAGCAAGGCCGCUCUCGUGCAGAGAGAGUUGCUCUUGGCCAAGAUCAACAUUCUCGGCCCCGAGUACUUUGAGGAACUUCUCGCUCACCACCGCGAGAUCACCGCCGAGGCCACCGAGGGCGAAUCUGGCAAGCUCGAGAAUGGCGGCGAGCACAGCCUGGAGGAGACUGCCAAGGACUUCCACCCCAGCCGCUUGGUAGCCAGCGAGGCAUUGAGGCACAAGCAUGAGCAUCUCAAGAGCAUCACAUACUUCACCCACCAGUUCGGCGGCAAGGUAUUGGAUAUUAGCACUAACAGCUGCAUCGUCGAAGUCUCCGCGAAGCCCGUCAGAAUCGACUCUUUCCUCAAGCUCAUUGCCCCCUUCGGCAUUCUUGAGUCCGCCCGUACUGGUCUCAUGGCCCUGCCCCGCUCUCCUCUCUACGAGCACGGCGAGGAGACCCAUGUGAAGGAGGCCGAUGACGUUGUUGAUGCUAGCCAGCUCCCCCCUGGUUAA